AGACAAGUGAGUUGGAUGUGAAGGGCACUCUGUGGUGACGAUGCGGUCUAAAGGCAAAGCCCGAAAACUCGCCAAAACUGAUGAAGUACAGGCUGAUAUGGAAGACGAAGUAUAUGACAGAGCCGUGUCACCGCUGCAAAUGGCCAAUAACGACGAAGAAAUGAUGGAAAAAUCACAGCCACCUGUCUACAUUCCGGAAGAUGUGGUACUCCCAGAGAAGUUUGAACUUCGAGAGUCGAGAAUUGCCGGUGCAGGGCUUGGUGUGUUCACCAAAGUAAGAUUAGACGUGGGGGAAAAAUUUGGCCCGUUCGCCGGACUUCAGAGGGUAUCUGUGAAAGAUACACAGUAUGCCUGGGAGAUUGUGGAUGAAUUUGGUAAAGUGAAGUGCUGGAUUGACGCUAGCGAGCCGGGUACCGGUAACUGGAUGAAGUACGUGCGAAGUGCGCCAGUGUUAGAAGAACAAAACAUGAUAGCGGUACAGAUAAACGAACAGGUACAUUAUAAAGUCUUAAAGUCCAUUGAACCUGGAGAAGAACUGAUGGUAAUUAAAGACGCUGCGUUUCCUGACCAGGAAGGACUUCCUCUCCAUAUGAUUGAAGAGAGGCGAUUUAAAUGUGGAGAAUGCGAUGAGGUUUUCCGAUCUAAAGUAGCGUUAAGACGGCAUCAGAAAUACGUCUGUAAAAAUGACCAAGCGAUCUUCAGUACAAUCAAUGAAGAUUUUAAACAAGCUCGGGAAGAUGAAGUUGCUUACUAUGCCGAAAACACCGAGUCCACAGAUGGCGAAAGUCUAAGCAGUGAACGAGAGUACAAAUGUGAUAGCUGUCCGAAGUCAUUUAAUUGGAAGUCGAAUUUGAUACGUCACCAGGUCACACAUGAUACUGAAAAAAGAUUCAACUGCGAAAACUGUGAUAAAAUAUUCACCGAUCCCAGCAACCUUCAGCGACACAUACGCACUCAGCACGUCGGUGCUCGAUGCCAUGCCUGUCCAGAGUGUGGAAAAACGUUUGCCACUUCUAGCGGUCUGAAACAGCACACGCACAUCCAUAGCAGUGUCAAGCCGUUCACAUGUGAAGUAUGUUACAAGUCGUACACUCAGUUCUCGAACCUAUGUCGGCACAAGAGAAUGCAUGCUGACUGCCGCACUCAAAUCAAAUGUUCCGGCUGCAAUCAAGUCUUUUCAACGGUCACAUCACUUAACAAACAUCGUCGUUUCUGUACGGGUCACCAAUUUUUGAGUAGUCCAUUAGGGGUGGCCAUCCCAUUGCAGCCACAUAUACGUGGAAACCGCAUGGUUUCAGGAAUGGAUAAUGGAGGUGUUUCAAGUCCAGUCUCGCCACUAGCGUCAACUUUACGAGGCUCACAAGCUCACUUAGCUCUGAUGAGAAUGAUGCCGCCACAUCAACAGGCAUUGCUACAGAGUCAACUCCUGGCGUCCCAUGCGAAAAUGCAAUUUCCUGUAAGUCCCGGGAAUUGUGAUGAUGAUUCUUCACUCAACAGCUAUGACAGCGACUGUAAGGAUUCAAUUGGCGCCUACACAGCUGACGACUCCUGGAUUAAACACUACACAGCCUCCACCGUUCAAGGAACAAACACUCCACACACUGCCAGCAAUGUUUCAUCUCUCAAAGAGGAGAAAGGCAAAGAUGAGAAUCAGAAAGAAGAGGAGAAGAAAAUCAAAACCGAGAUCAGGGAUGAGGUCAAAAAUGGCAAUGUCAGUGAUGAUUCAGAAGGGACUGAUGUGUCAAAUGUCAGCACCCCCACUGGGAGCGAUCUAGAAAGCACAUCAGGAAGUGACUGUGAUAGCGAGAGUGAACGGGAGAAUGGUGAAAAACAACAAAAGCAACCAAAACCUAGCCCCAUGCCAGAAGAACGUGCUUCAAAGACUCCAGAGAAAGUGGAGAAGAAAGACGAGAAAACUAAAGAAAACAGUUCUCUUACAUCACCAAAGGAGGGCCACAACAGCAUUCAAGCAAUGGCUUCCAUUGCAGAGAAAUAUUUCGGCACUCCACCAUCCACAACAGCUUUGAUGGCAGCAGAGAUGCAUUCAUUCCAUAGCUAUCCACCCCCACCGUUUCCAAUCAAAGUGGAACAACCCUUCAGCAUUCCAGAGUUCCACAGAAAGAAUCAUGGGACGGAACCCGAGUGUGCACCAUUCGAUCUAUCACGCAAAUCUAUUCAACACUCUCCAGUGUCGAAUUCCAGUCAAGAAACUGACCAACCACUGGAUUUGAGUGUUCCAAAUAAGAAGAAAGAACCGGUCAUUCAGGACGAAAAAUCUUCAUCAAAGAAGACACACAUUUAUGGAGAUUUGCCUAAAAUGUCCCAAAUGGCUGCAGCGCAUGAACACUUUAUGCGAUUCGCUUUUCCUCGCCCAACACCAUUUCCAAUGGAUCCAAUCUACCGUGUUGAGAAAAGAAAAUAUUCUCAUGAUUUCCCGAUUCCAUCAAAGUAUAUACGUAUGGACUAUCCUUAUCUACCGCCACCACAGUUUGCACCAAUGCGUAAGUUUGACCCGUACGGGCCACGAGGGUUGAUUGAAAUGCCCCCAGGACUGAACAAAAUGGCGGGUAGUCCUCCCUCACAUAACAUGAAGACCAUGAUGUUCGAACACACCAUUGACCGUUCAAAGGGUAAAGACAGAUAUACGUGUAAAUUUUGUGGCAAGAUAUUCCCUCGAUCCGCCAACUUAACACGGCAUCUUCGUACACACACCGGGGAGCAGCCGUACAGCUGCAAAUACUGUGAUCGGUCAUUCAGCAUUUCGUCGAAUCUUCAGCGUCAUGUUCGUAACAUUCAUAAUAAAGAGAAACCAUUUAAGUGCCCAAUGUGUGAUCGUUGUUUCGGCCAGCAAACUAAUCUUGAUCGUCAUUUGAAGAAACAUGAAAACGAGAAACAGGAGCUAAUGGCAGCCCACGAACUGAACAGUAAAGACGAAUCUUACUUUGAGCAAAUCCAUAAUUUUAUAGGAAGUUAACACCGAUCCCAAAAUCAAAGAAAGCCAAGCUCCAGGGAACUUUGA